CAGUCCGGCCCAAAUAUGUUUGGAAUAUGGGUCCACCCUAGAGCCUACAAAUGGCGCAAUUCUGUUGGCUAGAAGAUCUAGUCGUACUGACAAACUAAUGUAGACAAUUCGGACCUUUUGAAAACGAGGGCUUUUUCUUUAACUUUCAAAUUUCAGAAACCAAAGGGAUCCGAUCCGAAUCCGACAAAACCUUUCAUAAUCAAGAUUUGGGAGUAUCUCUACUUAGGUUUUAGGGUUCUAAAUUAUCUCAAAUUUUUCGCGCGAAAAUAUGGAUCACGAUGGUCAAAGAGGAUCAUCAACCCCGUCAGCGAUGCUUGCUUCUUUACUUAGUAGAAGAGCCAAGCUUCAAGAAGAGCUUCGAAACAUCGAAAGACAGGUGUAUGAUAUGGAGACAAGUUAUUUACAGGAUCCAAGCCAAUGCGGCAACGUUUUGAAAGGUUUUGAGGGAUUCCUCUCUUCAUCUAAGAACACUGCCCUCUUGAAGCGGUCCAGGAAGUUCCAGCCUGAGGAUAGGCUAUUCUCAUUAUCUUCGGUCACUUCUCCUGCAGCUGAAGAGAUUGCUACUGGUAGAGAUGCAGAUGGGAAAUCAGAUUAUGGUCCUGGUCGGUCUAAGGGAGGAGGUUACUUUGCCAAUGGGCAAGGAAAACCAAAGAAGGGAAGAGCUAGAGAAGCGAAGAGAAUGAGACACUCUAGUGAGCCAGACUAUGAUGAUGAUCCUGAUGUGACAUUAUGAAACCACUUUGAUCUGAUGAAAUAUUUGGCUUUUCCUUAGAGCUUUAAUGUCCAAUCUUAUAUUGUUUAUGUCUAAAAACAACCGGUGAUGGCAGAGGUUAUUUACUACAUGAUUUUCAAGUGUAUAUAGGAAAAAAAAACACUUUUUUAUUUUUCAUGGUGCUCAAAAUUGAAUCAAGGGUACAUAUGGCCACUGUGUUGAAUGGCA